AUGCUUAUCACUUCAUUACUAAGAGGCACAGCCAAGCAAUGUCAAACGCAAACCCACUUGACAAGACCUUUGCUGUGGGCUCCUAUGCAACACAUGCGUACCUAUGUCACUGAUGCCACUAGCACAAAGAGACCACCUACCGCUGUCUUGCUUACCAAUAUGGGUGGACCUGAAACCACAGACGAUGUAUACAACUUUCUUCACAACCUCUUCUCUGACAGAGACUUAAUGCAACUGCCAUUCCAAAAGUAUGCAGCCAAAUUCAUUGCCAAGAGACGUACACCUCAAAUCAUUGAGCAAUACCAGGCUAUCGGAGGAGGAUCUCCUAUUUUGCGUUGGACCCGUACACAAGGAGCGGCCAUGGAAAAGAUCCUUGAUGAGAUAUCUCCAGAAACAGCACCUCACAAGCAUUACAUUGCAUUCCGUUAUGUAGAACCUUAUACAAACACAGCAUUAGAGGAGAUGAAAAAGGACGGUGUAGAACGCGCCAUUGUAUUCACUCAAUACCCUCAGUACUCUUGUUCCACCACCGGCAGCAGUUUGAAUGAUCUCCAUCGCGGAAUUUCGGAGCUGGGCAUGGAGUAUGUGCGUUGGAGCAUCAUUGACAGAUGGCCUACACAUCCUGGGUUCAUUAACGCUACGGCCAAGAAGAUUGAAGCCAAAUUAGCCGAAUACACCGAGGAGGAGCGCAAGAAUGCUGUCAUUAUGUUCUCUGCUCAUUCACUCCCCAUGUCAGUGGUCAACCGAGGUGAUCCCUACCCUGCUGAGGUCGCUGCCACCGUAGACCAUGUCAUGGACAAGCUGGAUCGCAAGUACCCCUACCGUCUUUGCUGGCAAUCGCAGGUUGGUCCCAAGGCUUGGUUGGGUCCUCAAACAUCCGAUGCUCUCAAGGGAUUCGCCAAGGCAGGUAAGAAGAAUCUAGUGGUGGUGCCCAUUGCUUUUACAAGUGAUCAUAUCGAGACAUUGUAUGAAUUGGAUCAUGAGUAUGGCAGUGAAGCCAAGGAGUUGGGAAUCACUGGCUGGAAGCGUGUGGAUGCCUUGAAUGACGAUCCUGUGUUUACGCAAGCCAUGGCUGAUAUCGUCAAGGAGCACAUCCAAAAGGGUGAGCUUGUCAGUAAACAGUGGCCCCUUAGAUGUCCUGAUUGUACCUUCGAAACCUGUGGACAUUCUCGCGAAUUUUUUACCAACCAAAAAGAAUAA